AUGGCCUAUUGCACCGGCGCCGGCUCGAUAUUUUCGGAAGGCAACAAGACCUGCGCGACCCUGGACGAUUUCAAAAUGAAGCGCAAUCCCCGUAAAUUGGGCUGGACGAAAGCCUUCCGGCAUGCUCACGGAAAAGAAAUGACCGUAGAUACUACCCUCCAGCUCGCUGCGCGACGUAAUGUGCCUAUCCGAUACAACCGCGACCUAGUAGACACCACCGUCAAAGCUAUGGAGCGUAUCGAAGAGAUCCGCCUGCGAAGGGAGAGAGUCUUCUACAAGAAACGCAUGGAAGGAAACAAGGAGAGGCAAAUUUUGGCGGAUGCGAAGUUGGUGGCUGAGAACGAGCAUCUACUCCCUAGAAUGCGUGGGAGUGAGAGGAAAGCCCUAGAAAUGGAAAUCGACAAGGAGAAUGCACAUGAGGUAUUGGAAGAGAUUGCGGUGCCGAUAUCGCAACGAUCUGCUAAGACGAAGCAAAAGAUGAAAAGGAAAUUGUUGGUUGGGGGUGGGACGGAGGAUUCGAUGGAGACGGAAUGA